AUGUCCUCCGCCCAGCAGGUCAAGCCUAACGGCCCCGUCCCGGCCGCGCAGCCGACCGAGAACAACUCGGGAGAGCUGCCUCGUCCCUACAAAUGUCCUUUGUGCGAUAAGGCCUUCCACCGCUUGGAGCAUCAGACAAGGCACAUUCGCACACAUACCGGCGAAAAGCCUCAUGCGUGCCAGUUCCCUGGGUGCAGCAAAAAGUUCUCCCGCUCCGAUGAGCUCACCCGCCACUCGAGGAUACACAGCAAUCCCAACUCGAGGCGAGGGAAGAAUCAGUACAACUCGGGUCCUCAGAUUCACAUGCAGGCCGAUAGCAUGAUGCCUCCGCCUGGGCCCAAGGCCAUUCGCUCUGCGCCUACCUCGAGUCUUUCUUCGCCCAACGUCUCGCCUCCCCAUUCUUAUUCGCAGUUUGCGUUGCCCGUGCAUUCCUCUCUCCACCCCUAUGGUCGAGGGCCUCCAGUCAGGUCCAGCAUGGACAUCUCAAUAUUGGCUAAGGCUGCCAACCAGGUCGAGCGCGAGACGCUGGCCGCACCACAGCCUCCCCAUUUCAGCCGCCACCACCCCUACAUGCCGGGCUCGCGUAGUGGUCGUCAAUCGCUCUCGGCGUACCACAUGUCGCGCUCCUCGUCGUACGAGGACCACGACGACCACUACGCCGGUGCCUACCGUCAUGCCAAGCGCUCCCGACCCAACUCGCCCAACUCCACAGCGCCAUCGUCCCCGACUUUCUCCCACGAUUCGUUGUCCCCGACUCCAGACCACACCCCUAUUGCGACCCCGGCUCACUCCCCCCGUCUCCGGCCGUUGGAUAUGGACCUCAAACUGCCUCCAUUCCGCAAUCUGUCUCUGCAGGCUAUGCCACAGCCGGCGCUGGGUGUACUCGAGCCGAGGCCUGAAGUCCCUUUCCAAGCACCUCCGGGGAUGCAGCCGACGUCGCGUGGUACCGGAGGCUCUCUGAGCGACAUACUUAGUCGCCCGGACGGCAGCAGGAAGCUUCCCGUUCCCAAGAUCGGCGUCCACGAGCUGCUGACGACGGGCGACGGCUUCAACAGCGGGAGGAGCUCCGCGACACCUAGUUUAGCCGGCGGCGACCUUAUGGAUCGGAUAUAA